AUGCUGUUGAUAAGUUCAUCUUUCACCACGCCCGCGCGCCUUCACCCCUACGUCUCCUGCCGCGCCUUCCACCCCUACGUCUCCUGCCACGCCUUCCCACUACGUCUCCCUGCCGCGCCUUCCACCCCUACGUCUCCCUGCCGCCUUCCACCCCUACGUCUCCCUGCACGCCUUCCACCCCUACGUCUCCCUGCCACGCCUUCCACCCCUACGUCUCCCUGCCACGCCUUCCACCCCUACGUCUCCCUGCCACGCCUUCCACCCCUACGUCUCCCCCCGCGCCUUCCCCCCCUACGUCUCCCUGCCACGCCUUCCACCCUACGUCUCCCGCCGCGCCUUCCACCCCUACGUCUCCUGCCACGCCUUCCACCCUACGUCUCCCUGCCACGCCUUCCACCCCUACGUCUCCCCGCCGCGCCUUCCACCCCUACGUCUCCCUGCCGCGCCUUCCACCCCUACGUCUCCUGCCACUUCCACCCCUACGUCUCCUGCCACGCCUUCCACCCCUACGUCUCCCUCCGCCUUCCACCCCUACGUCUCCCUGCCACGCCUUCCACCCCUACGUCUCCUGCCACGCCUUCCACUACGUCUCCUGCCGCUACCCCCUACGUCCUGCCACGCCUUCCCACCCUACGUCUCCCUGCCGCCUUCCCACCCCUACGUCUCCCCCGCCCUUCCACCCUACGUCUCCCUGCCGCCUUCCACCCCUACGUCUCCCCGCCACGCCUUCCCACCCCUACGUCUCCCUGCCACGCCUUCCACCCUACGUCUCCCUGCCACGCCUUCCACCCCUACGUCUCCUGCCACGCCUUCCACCCCUACGUCUCCCGCCCGCCUUCACCCCUACGUCUCCUGCCACGCCUUCCACCCCUACGUCUCCCUGCCGCCCUCCACCCUACGUCUCCCUGCCACCUUCCACCCUACGUCUCCCUGCCGCCUUCCACCCUACGUCUCCCUGCCGCCUUCACUACGUCCCUGCCACGCCUUCCCCCUACGUCUCCCUGCCACGCCUUCUACCUCUACGUCUCCCUGCCACGCCUUCCCACCCCUACGUCUCCCUGCCGCCUUCCCACCCUACGUCUCCUGCCGCCUUCCACCCCUACGUCUCCCUGCCGCGCCUUCACCCCUACGUCUCCCUGCCACGCCUUCCACCCCUACGUCUCCCUGCCACGCCUUCCACCCCUACUUCUCCUGCCGCCUUCCACCCCUAAAUCUCCUGCCACGCCUUCCACCCCUAAAUCUCCCUGCCACGCCUUCCACCCCUAA